UCAAAGAAAGGAAGCAAUGGCUGCUGAUAAGUUUAGUAUCAAAACUACAACACCAUUCUUCCUAGUUCUGUGUUUAACUGUGUUCCUAUUUUUUACUUUGUCAUGCUUUGCUGAUCCAGACGAGCAACAAGACUUUUGUGUUGCUGACUUUAAUGCCACGACUAUCCUGAAUGGGUUCCCUUGCAAGCCGGUGUCUGAAGUUACAUCAAAUGAUUUCUUUUAUAGUGGCUUGGUGAAAGAAGCGAGCACAGCGAAUCCCUUCGGGCUUGGAGUGAGAUUAGGUGAUGUUAACAAUUUCCCCGGGUUAAACACCCUUGGACUUUCGAUAAACCGAGCUGACUUUGCACCUAGUGGAGUGAUUCCACUGCAUACACACCCUCGCGCACGUGAAGUUGUAUUUAUCAUAAAAGGGGAAGUUCUUGUCGGGUUCAUAAGUACUACUAAUGUUUUGUACUCAAAGGUUCUCAAAGCUGGAGAGAUAUUUAUUGUUCCGAAAGGACUUGUGCACUUUCUAAACAACGUUGGACGGGGGAAGGCUAGCGGGCUAGCUAUUUUCAAUAGUCAACUGCCUGGAACUGCAAUACUUGCUAAUAACCUCUUUGGUUCUAAGCCAACAAUUCCUAGCGAUAUCUUGGCUAAGAACUUCCAAGUUGAGGAGAACGUCAUCACCAGCAUAAAAUCUAGGUUGUUCUGCUUAGCAAUACCGAUGUGCAUGUGCUUCUCCUUCACUGAAAAAAUCGUUGAGAUCCGGUCUUACAAGUGACCAAUCAUUCAUGGAUGCAUCAAGUCCAGCUAGGGAUCAGAACAUAAUAUGGCGUCAUUUCACUAGGAGAAAUGUUGCAGAAGCCACUUGCAAUUACUGUGGAAGGAUAUAUAGGGCUCACAACUGCAUAAAUGGAACAACAACAUUGUGGAAGCACUUUAAGAGAUGCCCCCACAGAGAUCGCAUAAUUAAUGCUUAGCACUAGGCUUAGAGCCUUAGACUUAGUUCUAUCCAGGGACAAGCCAAAGAAGUGUAAGUAAACCAGGGCAUGGCCAAAUCGUAUGAAAGAGUUGAUGUCAAGGAGUAAGAGAUUCAAGAGUAUCCCAAAUGAUGACAUGGGAAAAAUAGAGUUGGAUAGAUAUUUCAUUGACAAGUAUGAAGAAGGUGAAGGAGAAG